UCGUGUCAUUUACGAACAUCUCAGCAAAGAAGUGGAUCUUACUUGUCUGAGUGAUUAAUGAAGAGAUCCAGAUUUUCAAAGCACACCACUGCUAUUUGAGCCAGAUUGCUGUCUGUCAAUGUAAAGGUACAAGUAAUAUUUCUGAUCUGUGCAGCUGCUGACCUUGUAAAGUUAAGCUAUGGAGCCACCACCAAGGAAGGAAAAUCAGGACAGUGAACAUGAAAGUACCACAGCCACAGAUGAAAGUUAUGUAAAAUCCUACAAUGUACCACUGGCUUUUGAUUGUGACACGUUAUCAGCAAUUGCAAAGGUGUAUCUCGAGGAAGGCGACGAAGAGUACAAAAAGGGACACCUUCAGAGCGCAAAACACUUCUACACUGAAGGACUUCAAGUCAACUGCAGCGAUGAACAUUUAAAUGCCGAGCUUUACUGCAGAAGAGCAAAAGUACAUUUCUGUUUGGGAAAUUACCAAGAAACUCGAGUUGAUGCAACAGUUGCUGUUCAGUUGGCACCAACUUUGCUUGAGGCCAUAGGAUACGGAGUCAGGGCUUGUAUGGAGUUACAGUUAUAUGAGGAGGCCUCUAACUGGUGUCUGAAAGGACGAGCAUUUGGAAAGCACCAUACUACAUUACAAACAAUCGCAGACCAUGAGCGCGAUCUAAAAAUUGCUAAAUCAGUAGGAGACAGAGUUGGAGAAGGGCGAGCCAAUGAAAAUCUUGGCAAUUACUAUGAUAGCAUCGGCGACUUUAAAAAGGCCGUCGAGCACCAUGAGCGUCACCUAAAUAUUGCUAAAGAACUUGGAGACAGAACUGGAGAGGGAGUAGCCUAUGAAAAUGUAGGCAAAAGCUACCACAGGCUUGGCGAUUUUAAGAAGGCCAUUAAGCACCAUGAGAGUCUUCUAAAAAUUGUUAAAGAGUGGGGAGACAAAGUAAUGGAGGGACGGACCUACGGAAAUCUUGGCAAUAGUUAUUGUAGUCUUGGUGCUUUUAAGAAGGCAAUGGAAUACUAUGAGCGUCAACUGAAAAUUGCUAAAGACGAAGGAGACAAAGCUGGAGAGAGACUGGCCUAUGCAAAUGUUGGCAAUGGCCAUCUAAUCCUUGGCGAUAUUAAAAAGGCCAUUGAGCACCAUCAGCGUCAUCUAAAAUUAGCUAAAUCAGUAGGAGACAAAGCUGGGGAGGGACAGGCCUAUGGAAAUCUUGGCAAUAGCUAUUACAGCCUUGGCGAUUUAAAGAAGGCCAUCGAGCACCAUGAGUGUUGUCUAAAAGUUUGUAAAGAAGUGGGAGACAAAUUUGGAGAGGGAGGAGCCUAUGGAAAUCUUGGCGUUGGCUAUCGUAGGCUUGGCGAUUUCAAGAGGGCCAUUGAGCACCAUGAGCGUCGUCUAAAAGUUGCUAAAGAACUUGGAGACAAAGCUGGAGAGGGACGGGCCCAUGCAAAUCUUGGGCUUGGCUAUCAUGGUCUUGGCGAUUUCAAGAGGGCCAUUGAGCACCAUGAGCGUGAUCUAAAGAUUGCUAAAGAAGUGGGAGAUAAAGCUGGUGAGGGAGUGGCUUAUGCAAAUCUUGGCAUUAGUUAUGAAAGCCUUGGCGAUGUUAAGAAGUCCAUUGAGCUCCAUAAGUGUCAUCUAAAAAUUGCAAAAGAAGUAGGAGACAAAGCUGGAGAAGGAGGCGCAUAUGGAAAUCUUGGCAAUUGCUAUCAUAGGGUUGGCGAUUUUUGGAAGGCCAUUGAGCACCAUGAGCGUCAUCUAAAAAUUGCUAAAGAACUAGGAGACAAAGCUGCAGAGGGACAUGCCUGUGCAAAUCUUGGCUUUGUGUAUGAUAGCCUUAGCGAUUUUAAGGCCAUCGAGCACCAUGAGCGUCAUCUAAAGAUUGCUAAAGAAGUCGGAGAUAAAGCCGUAGAGGGAUUAAUAUCAACUAAUCUUGCUCAGGUCUUUGAAUAUCAGGAGUUUGCUUUGAAAGCUAUCAGUUUUUAUAAUUCCGGUUUGACAAAGUAUGACGAAGUUAGAGCUCAACUCCAGUUUAAGGACGAGUGGAAGAUUAGCUACAGCGAAACCUACAACCUUGCCUAUAGACAAUUGUGGCGUCUUUAUUUAAAGCAAGGUCAGGUUCUUAAUGCCUUGCGUACUGCUGAGAGAGGACGGGCGCAAGCCUUACGGGAUCUCAUGGAGAUGAAAUAUAUUUCUAGAGGAGAACACUUUUCUUGGUUUUCUUCCUCACUUAAAUCAUCCGUCUUCAACUUUAGAUGCCUUCCAACAACAACAGUUUUUAUGGCAAUUAGUGAGGAAGAAAUUGUCUUCUGGGUUAUACACAGCGAUAAUAAAGUCGACCUGAGAAGAAAAGAGUUAAAUGACUGCGUUUCAGAAAAAGACGUAAGAGAGCUCAUUUCGACUCUAAACCAUAAUGCUCUUGAAGAAAUUGGUGCACGAUCUGCCAUUACUUGUGAAAAUCGCUCACUAUAUGAGAAUCGCAAUCAGGGAUCGACAACUGAAAGGGCUCCUGCCAGUGUGUCUCGCUGUGCUCUACCAAAUGAAAGCUUUAGGAAAUUGUAUGACAUCAUCAUUGCUCCUAUUGUUGACCUGGUUCGCGGAGAUGACUUUAUCUUUGUACCCGAAGGUCCGCUUAGUUUGGUCCCCUUUGCUGCACUGGUUAACCUGAAUAUGCAGUAUUUGUCGGAAACGUUUAGGAUCCGUGUGAUUCCAUCCCUGAGCACCUUGCAGUUAGUUACUGAUUGUCCAGAAGACUUCCACAGAAAGACCGGUGCUCUACUUGUGGGAGAUCCGUACUUAGAGGAAGUUCUUUUCAAGGGGAACAAGCUGUGUCAGUUACCAUAUUCAAAGAAAGAAGUAGAGAUGGUCGGGAAAAUCCUCGAUGCCUCUCCUCUCAUUGGAAAAAAGGCAACUAAAGAUGAAGUUUUAAAGCGACUCUCCGCGGUUGCUUUAGUACACAUCGCCGCACAUGGUGCAAUGGAGACAGGAGAAAUCGCCUUGGCACCAAACCCUACUCGAGAAAGCCAUCAGCCUGAAGAGAAAGACUUUUUACUGACAAUGACAGAUGUGUCAGAAGCUGAUCUACGGGCAAGACUGGUUGUGCUUAGUUGCUGCCAUAGCGCUCGUGGAGAAAUAAAGGCAGAAGGGGUAGUUGGCAUUGCACGAGCAUUUUUAGGUGCUGGUGCUCGAUCCGUCUUGGUGUCCUUGUGGGCGAUUGAUGACGAGGCCACUUUCCAGUUCAUGAAACAUUUCUACGAAGAAUUGGUGAAAGGAAAGAGGGUCAGUGAAGCUCUUAACCAGGCCAUGCGAAGUAUGAGAAAGUCCGAAACUUUCAAGGAAGUUAAGUACUGGGCGCCCUUCGUUCUUAUUGGGGAUGAUGUCACUCUGGAACAUAGCCGAUCAGGCCAAAGAGAUGUUGAUGCUUUUCAAAGUGGAUCCUAUUGAAGAAGCUGUCCACAAACCAGAUUGGAGUUAAAUUGGCCCGCCUCCGAGUUAGAUUAAUUUAUGAGUAUACUUUGUUAUUUUAAACGCAUUAAUCAUGGUGGACCGCGUCGUAAAUAAUAGUCAAAGUAUUUUGGUAAAUAUUCAGAAACGCUUUCUUUUAAAAGCGUUUAAUCUUUAGUCGCGAUUAGAGUAAUUGUAAGAGCAGAUAAUUUUAGCUUUGUAUUAUAUGCCUAAUCAAAACGGACCAGGAACUCAGUUUUCAUUUCAUGUAUUAUAUCUGAACAAUAUCAUAACGCAUUUUGGUGAGAAAUUCUUUUAAAAAACUUAACUGUGUCGUAAUAAGAAUAACGACUGGUCAUUUAGGUUUUUUUUUUAGAUUGAUUGGACGCUUUUUGAAAUAUUAAUUUGCAAAGAGGACUUGUUUUUUACAUGUUGCACAUACAAGUCGGUAGCUCAAAUGCGACGUAGACGUAGUUUCACAAUACCAUUUGCUUUUACUCAUUCAACCGAAUAUGUACGAACGUGCAGUCACAUCAGGUGUCUUAAUGACAUCAAACGGCAGACUUAAAUUUUAUCAUUUUGAAAUAUGAGAGAUUCCAAAACUUUCUAGGAAGUUAAGUACUAGGCGCCUUCAUUCUCAUUGGGGAUGAUAUCACACUGGAACUGAACCGACCAGGCCAACGAGAGGUUGAUGCUUUUCAAAGUGAGUGAACACAACUUUAUUGCUAUUUUUGCAUAACAUAAAUUUAGAUUUAGCAGGAGACAGCAAGCAGUAAAUCAGUGCCAUACAUUUUACAAAUAACGUGUAUAAUCAUAGUUUUCAUGAAAUAAAUUUUAUUACACCUGAAAAUUAAGGAUAGUAAUGAUCCGGCUCGCAGGCGAGCUGCAAGUUAACCAUUCGUAGAAAAGAGGCCUUUAUAAAAAUACAGGCUUCGAAGGGAUUCGAAUCCGUGUUCCCAGCUUUUUGGGGCUUCCUUUCUGCGAUUGCCUAAAUUACAGCUUAGGUACAAGGACCAUUGCUUUACUUAACAUGUAUAGUGUUCAUCAUAUCCAGUCUCUAGACUUGUUACGACUGACUGACUGACGGCUUGAUUGACUGAUUAAUCGAUUUACUGAUUGAUUGCUUUAUGUUCUAACAGUUAAGGGUCUUUUUUUUUUCAGAAAUAUGACGUCAAUUGAGUUAAAUGUUUUUCGUUUUUGGUAGGUGGAUCCACAAACCAGGUGAGAAUUGAAUUAGCCUGCCUGCGAAUCAGAUUAGUUUAUCAGCAUACUUUGUUAUUUUAAACGCAUUAAUCCUGGUGGACCGCGCUGUCCCCAAUUCAGAAUUUUAUAAUAACCAAGGUUUUUUCGGAAAUAUUCGAAAACGCUUUCCCUUAAAGCCUUUUAAUCUUCAGUCGCGAUUAGAGAGAUUGUAAGAGGAGACAAUUUAGCUUUGCAUUAUGUGCUUAAUCAAAACCAACCAGGAUCUCGUCAGUUUUCAUUUCAUAUAUUGUAACUGAACAAUAUCAUAAAUCGUUUUGAUGAGAAAGUCUCCUAUAUUUUAAAAAACCGUCUCGUAAAAAAACUAAUGUCUAGUCAUCUAAAAUUUUAAAUUUACUAGACGCUUUUGGAAAUAUCCAUUUGCAAAUAGAACUUGUUUCUCAUAUUUUACACGUACAAGUCGGUAGCUUAAAUGUGACGCACACGAUCUAGUUUCCCAGGAGCAUUUGCCUUUACUCUUUAACCCAUUACGUAGGAACGUGCAGUCAAAUCCGGUGUCUCACUGUAAUCAAAUGGCAGACUUACUGUUUACUCUUUUGAAUUAUGGGAGAGUCCAAAACUUUCUAGGAAGUUAAGUACUGUGCGCCCUUUAUUUUCUUUGGGGAUGAUGUCACGCUGCAACUGAACCGAUCAGCCCAACGAGAUGCAGAUGCUUUUUAAAAUGAGUGAACAUAAAUUUUCUAUUGCUGUUUCUGCAUAACAUAAAUACAGAUUUAGCAGUGGACAGCAAGCAGUAUAUCAGUGUCAUACAUUUUACAAAUGACGUGUAUAAUCAUAAUUUUUGAGGAAAUAGAUUUUAUUUGACCUGCAGUUGAAAAUUAAGGAAAAAAUGAUCCUCGCAGGCGAGCUGCUUGUUAAGCAUUUGCAGAAAAGAAACCUUCAUAAAAAUACAGGCUUCGACGAGAUUCGAAUCUGUGUUUCCAGAUGAUAGUUUUUUUAGGGCCUCAUUUCUGCGAUCCCUUAAGUUGCAGCUCACGUACGAGGACCAUUGGUUUACUUUAACAGAUAUAAUGUUCAUCAUCUCCAGUCUCUAGACUUGUUAAGAUUGAUUGACUGACGGCUUGAACGAUUGUUUAAUCGAUUAAUUGAUUGAUUGCUUUAUGUUGUAAAAGUAAAGGCUUUCUUUUUCAGAAAUAUGACGUUAGUUAAGUUAAAUGUUUUUUUUGUUUUUGGUCGGUGGACCCUGUUGAAGAAGCUGUCCACAAACCAGAUGAGAAUCGAAUCAGCCCGCCGCCGAGUUAGAUUAGUUUAUAGGUGUACUUUGUUAUUGUGCAAAAGCAUUAAUCAAUUCAGAAUUUUAUGAUAACCAAGGUUUUUUUGGUAAAUAUUCGGAAACGCUUUCCCUUGAAGUCUUUAAUCUUCAGUCGCGAUUGGAGAAAUUGUAAGAGUAGACAGUUCCAGCUUUGUAUUAGAAGCUUAAUCAAAACCAAUCAGGAAAUCAGUUUUCAUUUCACAUUUUGUACCUGAACAAUAUUAUAGAUCACUUUGAUGAGAAAUUUUCGCAUAAUUUUAAAAAACUGUAUCGUAAAAAGACCUAUGGCCAGUCAUCUAUAUUUUAAAAAAAUUAAGUAGACACUUUUUGAAAAAUAAAUUUGGAAAGAAACAGACAUGUUUUUCAUAUUUUACACAGACAAGUCAGUAGCUCCAGUGUGACGUAGACGAUCUAGAUUAAUUUCACAACAGCAUUUUACUUUUCUCACUUAACGAAUAUGUAGGAACGUAAUGUUGCAUCAGUUGUCUUAGACUUAAAUUUUAUUUGGAUAUGUGUCGCGAUUUCUGAUCUCAAAAUCUUGGUGUUAAUUUUUAAUGACAUGAUUAAUUAAUUUAUACUUGAUUUAAGUGCAAAAUUGUUAACCAUAAGACUGAAUUAAACACGUUGCUUUGAAAGCGAA